AAUGCCGACGAUCCAGUGGUGCGGAGCGAGCUCCUCAAAAGCGCCAGCUUCUCAGCUGAUUGUUUUAGUCCGGAGUUGUUUUUUUGCAACUGUGGAGCCGCAGGAGGAGGAGCUCAAAUUGCACCUCACACCGCCACCCCCGGAAGCGCGAAGCCUCGGAAAUUCGGCUGAGGUUUAGGGAUCCUGUCAUUAUUGCUCCCAGAGGGGUGUGACUUCCCCCCCCCUUAACUGUGGAGGCUCCGAGUUCGGUCUUUUCCUGCCCUCUGUGCCUCCCACCUUCAGCUCCUUCUAUGAGGGUGACUGUCAGAGGCUCCCCAGCCGCUUUUGAGGCUGGUGCGGGGACGACAAUGGCCAGCAGCAGAGUCGAGGAAGAAGAAAGAGCAGCAGCUGCCACUGUGGUGCCUGGUUCCGUGCAGCUUGUGCUGAGCAUCCUGCAUACCUCGUUAUACGCUGCCCUCUUCUCAUUUGCCUACUUGCAACUGUGGCGGCUGCUCCUUUAUGAAGAACGGCGGCUGAGUUACCAGAGCCUCUGCCUCUUCCUUUGCCUGUCCUGGGCAGCACUCAGGACCACUCUUUUCUCUGCUGCCUUCUCCCUCGGCGGUUCCCUGCCACUUCUCUGGCCUCCCUCUAACCUCCAUUUCUUCUCCCGCUGGCUACUCUACUGCUUUCCUUCCUGCCUCCAGUUCUCCACACUCUGUCUCCUCAACCUCUACCUGGCAGAGGUUAUUUGUAAAGUCAGGUGUGCAGCUGAACUUCACAAAAACAAAAUUUUUCUACAUCUGGGAUUUAUGUUAGCAAGCCUUCUCUUUUUGGUGACAAACUUAACUUGCUCAGUGUUACUUCAUGGAGAUAUUUCAGAAAAUCAAUUGAAAUGGACAAUAUUUGCUCAAGCACUAAUUAGUGAUAGCCUUGUCAUUCUUUGUGUCAUUUCAUUAGUUAGAUACAUAUGCAAAAUUGCAAAAGUGUCAUCAGUAAGUGUCUACCUCAAAUCAAAGGGAACAUCUAUGUGUCAGACUGUCACAGUAGGCUCAGUAUUCAUUCUUCUCUAUUCCUCAAGAGCUUGUUAUAAUUUGGUGGUGAUUACUCUAUCUCAUGAUACUAUAGAAAGUCCAUUUGACUAUGGAUGGGAUAAUCUUUCAGAAAAGAAUCAUGUGGAAGACAUCAGUGAAGAAGAAUAUGUAGUGUUUGGCAUGAUCCUCUUUUUGUGGGAACAUAUACCAGCCUGGUCAAUGGUGCUGUUUUUCAGAGCACAGAAGCCAAACCAGAAUUUGGCUCCUGAUGGUAUUGUAAAUAGUCACAGUUACACUUCCAGAGCUUACUUUUUCGACAAUCCAAGACGGUAUGAUAGUGAUGAUGACUUGUCAAGACUUGGAGACUCAAGAAAAGGAAGUUUAUCUAAUUCACAAGGAUUGGGUUGGUAUGGAACCAUAACUGGAAGUGGCAGCAACAGUUUCGUCAUCAAUCCUCAUCUGAAUGGACCAACAUCAGAUUCUGCUCCUUUGCUCUUUCCUUGUGGUAAUUUAGAUAUAAACAAUCACCAUACCUUUUAUUCAACUUCACAAAACUGAUAACACCACCAAAAUCCAUAUUCCUAAAGUGGUUUUCAUGAGUUUGUAUUUUCUAAGUAUUUUGGCUUUAUCCACAUUAAUAUUCCAUUACCUUUUAUAACUAAGAAAAAAAAUAAAGCUAGAAUUACCUGUAUAAAUGGAAGACAAAACCAUUACUCAUGAUCUCUUCAUUACAAAUUAAGUAGAAUUGAAACUUAAGAGUUGGAGAUAAAAUAAGGGCCCUGGAAUUUCCUGAUUUUAGAAACAUAAAAUGCAUAUUUGCACUUUUUUUAUUAUACUCUAGAGGAAUAAACAAUAAUCUCAAAAAUAAUAUUCUAGUGUUCAAAUUGUUGUGUUUUACUGUACACCAAACCUGGGCAACAAUCUUUAUGAAAAGAUCAGUGUCAUAGGCAAAUUUUAGUAUUGGCUUCAGUACCACCAUUUCCUUUUGAAAGCAGGUCAUACAACUAACUAGAACCUACAAAAUCAAACCGAGACAUCAACUCUAGCCCUGAUGCUGCCUGGUUAGUUC